AUGACAACUGAGAUGGUGGUGCACAACGGUGGAUGCCACUGCAGACGUGUGAGAUGGCGAGCUCAAUCACCACCCACCGUCGUUGCAUGGAACUGUAACUGCUCAGACUGUUCGAUGAGAAGAAACACUCACUUUGUUGUUCCUUUUGGAAGAUUUGAGCUUCUUGGAGACUCUGAAAAAUUCUUGACUACUUAUACGUUUGGCAGUCAGUCAGCAAAGCAUACGUUUUGUAAGGUCUGUGGGAUAACGUCGUUUUAUACUCCGAGAUCCAAUAAGGGAAUAGCGAUUACUUAUAGGUGUGUGGAUCCAGGAACGUUGAGUCAUGUGGAGGUGAAGCAUUUUGAUGGGGUGAAUUGGGAGAAGUCGCAGAACUCCGAUGGUGGCCAAGGGUAG